CCCGUCACGUCUUCCGUCCAUGAAACCCUGGACUGCGGCUUAUGUCGGGGCCACACAAUGCUUCCGUCAAAAGAGACGAGGCUGAAACUCUCAAGGGCGAAGCGCUCCUCGAACGGCCUGAUGUCGCCCGGAGUCAUUUCAGAAUACAGUGUAUUUCUCGGAUUCUCACGCCUCACUUUCCAAGGUCGUCUUAGAGGCGCCGCCGGACACUGUUUUAGGUCUCGUAGCGAUGCAGUUCUGCUGCGGUCAGAAGAUUCUUAUCGAUGCUGUCCUCCCGGGGCAUUAUGGUGCCACUGGUUUGGAUUAUGCACUUAUAGCGAAAUUAUCGGUCUUGCAGAGCUACUUUCAGCUACUCGGAGAAACUGACAACGAAUCCUUCGAUGGGAAUCCCAUUCUCUCCUGAUUGUCGUGAAGCAUUCAUGCACAAUCAUGAUCAUCCAUUGUUCGACGUCAAACGCGGUAGCCUGGCAGCGUCGGAUGGCAGGGACAGAAGAGCAUGGAUCCGGACAAGGGACGGCCCGUGUUCCUUUCCUUCGUUCUGCUUCGAAUCCUUCUCGCCACUCUUUUGCUUUCCCCUUCUUUGUCUAUCUAUUUCUUCCCGCCCUCACCCGCCGCGCGCGAUGCAGGGUCGCUCUUUUCUUUCGUUUUCUGGAUCGCUGGGUCGCCUGAUGGUCUUGGGGGGCUUGGCUGCCGCUGCUGGAGCCAAAGUGGUCCCGGUUUUACAGCCGGGAUUCUUCUUCGACUACACCCCUCCCGGCCAGUCGCCGCUUAUACCGAUCACACGUAUGUCCGGAGCAGGAACCGCCACUCAGAUGGGAGCUGAGGGUAUUUCUAGAGCAGUGCGAGACUAUACAUUUGAAAUGGGGCCGAAACGGUGCACCGGGACCCAAUCCGGUAGCACCUUAUUCGAUGGUGGUGUUUACCUCGACUGGCAGGUUCCAUUUAGUCCGGGAACUCAGUAUCAGAUCUGCAUGUGGGACAGCAACGGGACACCUGGAGGUUGCGAAGCUAUGUAUACUGUCAUUCAGAAUUCCACGGUCGCAACGCCUCAAUGCCACAAUGUCACCUUUCCCACUCUUCUUCAGGUCGAAACACAGCAGACUGCUGCUCCUGGCGGUCCCAUUUCUCAGUUUGGAUUCAUUGAUCAGUGUACCGAUAUUCUUGUGACACCGAAAUCCGGGAAACCGCCAUUUACUUUUUCAAUACCUUCGUCUCAUCUCCGACUAGUGGCUCCGAAUACCAUACCGAUUAGGAAAGCCCAAUCGAUUGCAGCUGCAGCCGGAUUCGGCGGUGCCCUGGGAGCAUUUGCCCUCGGGGGUGUCGUCGCCUUCCUCUAUCUGCGCUACCGCCGUCUCCCGCCACCGCAGAUCGACGCGUUUGUCCACGACUCGGUCACCUCCCGCAGCGAUUUCAGCGGCGCGUCGCGGAACAGGUCGGACUCGCAUACCACGAUGAGCAGCCUCGGCGCUUCUUCGGAUAUCCGGCGUGGCCGGACGUAUGUGCUGCACCACGACGCCGGCCGGGCACCCGUCACGGUGAUCACCGACUCGGAGGAGGUCGUCGAGCUCCCGCCGAGAUACCACAAUGGCGUGGUGCCUGGUAGUAGAGGCUCGGAUGUCGUGGGUGGGAGUGCAGACCGGUUACCGAUGCGCGACAAACCUCAUCCGCCCCUUCCCGUGACCCCCUCGACAUCGGUCAACUCGGGUUCAUUUUUGUCGGCUUCAUAUUUGGGACCGCCGUGACAGAUCGCGGCAAGGCCUGAGGCCUUGGGUUGAAGAACAUACUUUUAUCUAUUUCAGUAGACGAGUGAAUUCACAGAAAGUCUGGGUCUGCUGCA